CGGCGGGGACAGCGCCGGGCCCGGGCGCAGCUCCCCGGGCUCCGACACAACCCCCCGGGACCGGAGCGCCCCGGGCGGCCCCCGCCGCGCCUGGGGACCCCCGGCCUGGCCGGGGCAGCGGGCGAGAAGCAGCCGCCGCCCCGGGAGCGCCCAGCGGGGUGAAGCCAAUGGACGAGGAAAAGGAAGAAGCUGCCAGUGAGGAAAAAGAUCACAUCCCCCAGGAAGAUGAGAGAAGCAGUACAGAGGAAUGUCUUCCAGAGGCCAAGGAAAAAGAGAAAGAAAACAAGCAUGUCAUCAAAAAUAUCCCGUGGACCACAGCCAAGAACUUCACAGUAGAGAGAGGACAGCAGCAAAUUGAAGAACUAAUUUCUACAUGGGACAUUCAUGAAAGCUGGCGUCACCACUCAGAAUUUCUCGAGGAAGAAGAACUUAAGGACAGCAAGAGGUACCAUUACAGAGCUUGCUGGGCUCUCCCAACACGCAGAAAACCCAUCCCACGAGCAACAGCGAGUGUCUAUUUCGUUAUAGUGAUCUCCAAAUUCAAACCUGACACUGCACCUGUGGAGGUGUUCUACAGACUGGAGUCCAGCAGGCUGAUUCGGAGGCCAGAACAGUGUCAAUUUAGAGAAAAGUGGCUUCAGGACAUAACUGAAAAUAAAAUCCUGUGUGCAGAAAGACUUGCUUCCCAAUGAGCAGCUCCAAUUCACCAUUACCAAUACUCUGUUGUGGAGAACCAAAUAAACAUGAAGGAAAAAAAGUU